GGAAGAAUUUGGAUGACAAGGGCAUCAAGGACUCGGUCUUCAGUUUGGAAAGUCAGUGAUAAGCAUCCAGGUUAUAAUGCAAGUGAUUCAGACUCGGAUGAAUUGAAGGGUGAUUCUUAAAAAGACCAAAUUAGUUUCAAGACCAAAACAUUAAAAUGUCUGAUUCCCAGGUUUUAUGUGAUUGUAAAAAUCUCUAUUCCUUCCUUUUCCUUUUCCUUUUCCAACCCUUGUUUGAUUUAGUUUCCCUCAGGUGUAUUUUUGUGUUCACGCUGUUAUCAUGAAAAUAAAUUGUUAAAUGCACUUUCAAGAAAAUUUAUGUGGGUUAAAUAUUGGAUUUUCAUUUC